CCGAGGGUGUAUUGUAGGCAACCAUAAAGCUUGUAUUGGGUACAGCGACAUGGCGUCCCUGGAGGCUUUACAAAACCAGCUUCGCAAGUUUCCUUCCCAUUUCGUUUGGAAUCUUGAAGACAAAUCUAUGAUACAUUUUCAGACGUUGUUUUCUCUGAUCACUCGGAACAUUGCAGAGUCGCCUGCUAUGAUAAUUGAGGGUCUUUUGUUCAAAAGUUACCUAUAUUUCUCUGACUUCAGAGGGAAUGUUGAAAAGAAGAAACCAGAAGCAAUUGAUUGCCUAAAUGAAGUACGUAGAUUUCUCACGGAUGACCAAAGGGAAACGUCUUUUAAAGACGGUUAUUUAUUAAUUGCUUUGGCUCUUGAGGCCUGGCUUGAUCGCGACAAGACCAAACUCGAAGCCAAAAUCAGUACACUGCGGACGCUUGAAUCAAAAUACGAGGCCGGCUCUCGCGAUCGUGAUAUGUUCUUAGGCAGCAUAUAUGCAACAAAAGGAUUUGCGUUUUCACGUUUAGGAAUGAUUCGAUACUCGGAAAGUAUUGAGGAAUUUCAAAAAGCUGUAAAUUUGUGUCCAAAUGAGAUCGAUUGGUUGUUUGCACUUGGUUUGGUCAUUUGGAGAAAAGGCAUACCGACUGUUAAAAUCAAUGAUUUUUGUGACGAAAUGCAGAAAGCUGUGAGCAUCUUUUAUGACGUUCUAAACUUAGAUCAUAAUCACAGCUAUGCAAUGACUUUAAUAGCAGAAUUAAAGCGAAGGAGGAAACGAUAUCUUGAUGCAGAACGCUUUUUAGAAAGGGCUUUAGCAUCGAACCCAUCAAAUGAAAAAACAAUUUCAGAAGUAGCAAAAGUAUAUAGGCGAAUGAAGAAAUACGACGUGGCUCUUAACAUUCUGAUCGCCACGCCAGAAACCGAGCGAAGUUCAUUCACUAAUCACCAAAUAUAUCUUGUAUACAGAGAUACGAACACUUUACCACCAGUCAAUUAUCUACAGAAGGCAAUUGAUGUAAAUCCGUGUAAUCUUGCCGCAAGAUUUGAUCAAGUUAAAGAAUAUAUUACCAAAAGAAUGUACAAUGAAGCUCGGGAAUGCUUGGAUCAUAUUCUGGAUAAUUACGGAAAUGACCCAGAAGCAGUCAUUCGAACAAAUUAUAAUUUUGCCAAGUUAUUUGAACAAAUGAGCAAGGACGACGCUGCCACUGAUAGUUAUCAAGCACUUGUUGACAAAGCACUGAAAGAAUGUAAAUUAAACAAUGAUCCACCGUUUAUAUUCUUUCCGGAGGUUGACUGGAUGGUUCGACAAUCUAUUAAACAGCUCAGAGAAUACUUUAAAGGUCAGCUAAAAGCACAUAGAAACGUUAAAGAAUCACUUUUAAAACUAGCUGAGUUGGAGAAAACACUCGGUAAUCAUGGCAAUGCAUGCCGAUACUACGAACAAAUCAUUACAAUACAACCACCUAUCGAUACAGAACUUAAAUGGACAAUCCUUGAAUAUCUAGGUAAAAUUAAAACUAGGAAAAGUCUUCUUACAGAUGUCAAUUUUAUUAUUCAGGAUAUGGAAGAUAUCAGUCUUGAGAACCCGAAACCUGACAUUCUUCACAAGUGCAAGGCGAAUGUAGCUGUCGAAAAAGGAAAAAUUGCACUCCGGAAUGGUAAAGAAAAUGAUGCUAUUAAUCUUUUUAUUGAAGCAGUGAAAUUUGGCAGUCUUGCAGGAGCAAGCUUGCUCCUUGAUGAAGUCAAAAAGAUUAAUAGAGGAAACAGAGAUUUCUACACAAGUUGUGCUCAGAUAAUUGUUUUCAUUGAACAAAGUGACAACAAUGAAACGGUGCAAUUGAAGAGAGAUCUUGACACUUUACUAUCUGCAGAUACAUCCGAGAUAGGUAUCGUUUUAUGUGACCUAAGAAAAACACAAGUUAAUUUGGAGAAGUUUUGUAUACUGCAAGACGAGACACAAAUUGCAGUUUUCAGAGUUGACAUCAUCCACAAGUGUCGCACGAUCCUCAACCAGACCAUGGCGAAGUUCAAAGAUCGUCAUUACGCACAUGUCAAAGUCAGCUGUGACUUUUUCAGCAUUCCAAAAUGUUCUUCAGCAAAGGUGACACAACAAGUCAGAAAUAAACUUCAAAAGAAGUAUGAAUGGAGUCAAUUUGAACACCAGUUCCCAGACCUUUUCCAUUUUCUUGUUUCUAUUCAACCAGCUUCAAAUCCACAUGAUAACAACUGGAUGUUCGCUUUGCUUAGAAUGGAUAACGCAAAUAAACAUGAAAGCCCCCUCGGAGAGAAACUGAAAGUAGAAGUGUAUUCAGACAAUGCAGGUAACAUGGCAGAGCAAGAAUUUACGACCAUAGAAGUCGCAAGAGAAGCAUGUGACAACAUCGGGAAAAUCCUGAACGAAUUUUAUAAAUAUUUGUAGGAAAACCUAUUUAAUAUGUGCGCUAGAAUUGCCUUCACACUUGUUUAUACACAAAGAAAAAUGAACGAAAAAUAAGGAAACAAAUGUAAAAAAAUACAGUAAUUUAAAGGCAAAAGAAAUUAAAGGGAACAAGAAAUAGGAAAUAAAAGUAAAAAAAAUAAAUAGAAAUUUCAGGAAAAGAAAGGCAAAUAUAAAGAAAGGGAAAAAUAACGAAAAAGAAAUGAAAGGAAAGACAAAAAUAUGAAAAGUAUAAGGA